AACUGACACAUUAGAUGAUUGCGGCCACUCCCCAUUACUUUCUGUUUAUAAUGGUGUCGAUGUUCGGAGGUCGUUUAAGUAAUAAUACACUGGUUUCGGAGAAGGUGUUUUGAGACAUAUCCUCACAUUAUAGGCCAGUCAUCCAGCUUGUUGUUUGGCCCACAAAACGUGACUACGUCCGACCAAGCGGGCACACCAGACCAGAGGCGACAUUAAAACUGUGGAAGAUUAAUUUUUUGAAAAUGGCGAACAAUUCAUGGAUAUAAUAUUUAUUUAAAUAUUCGUGUUAAAUUUCUUUUGGACUUGGGGAAAAAAAGAGACAAAAAAACCCAACAUGAAUGCCAAGUUAAAAUAUUAAUUUUUGGUGAUAUUUUUUUUUAAAAACUCGUCAUAAAAUUUUGGCCAAAUGAUGUUGGGAAUGUGCGGAGGUGAGAGCCUCCUACCCGCCAUGUUUCCUCUACCCACCCUUCACUUCACCCCACAGCAAGUGGCGAAGGUUUGCGAGACGCUCGAAGAAAGUGGAGACAUUGAGAGACUUGGCAGAUUUUUGUGGUCCUUACCAGUGAACCCGUCGGCCUGCGAAGCCCUGAACAAACACGAGUCGGUCCUCAGGGCCCGGGGACUGGUGGCGUUCCACACAGGUAACUUCAGAGACUUGUAUCAUAUUCUUGAAAAUCACAAAUUCACGAAAGAGUCCCAUGCGAAACUUCAGGCAAUGUGGUUGGAAGCACACUACCAGGAAGCGGAGAAGCUGAGGGGCAGGCCGCUGGGUCCCGUGGACAAGUACAGAGUUAGAAAGAAGUACCCUCUCCCGAGAACGAUCUGGGACGGGGAACAAAAGACUCAUUGUUUUAAAGAGAGAACAAGAAACCAUUUGCGAGAGUGGUACCUUCAAGACCCAUAUCCUAAUCCGACCAAGAAACGCGAACUUGCUCAAGCUACCGGUCUAACGCCGACACAAGUCGGAAACUGGUUCAAGAACCGCAGACAGAGGGACAGAGCCGCGGCGACAAAAAAUAGACUACAGCAACGACAACACGACAGGCUUCACAAAGGCUCGACGUCCGAGUUGAAUUCGCCACACGGGGACAUGCAAUCACCCUCAACCGCCGGGACGAGUCUGCAACAUUUAGACGAUUCUGACGAUGACGACGACGACGACGACAUGUUUGACUCGCGGAGUGAUACGAGUACGCCCUCUACGAGCGUGGAAAACCAUGACAUUGAGUCGCAUACGUCAUGAUGAAACGGUUCAUCUCGUGUUAAAUAUCUCCUCCAACGUCUGUGACGUCACUCUAUGUAUGUUCGCUGCAUGAUGUUACUUAUGCUAGGUAAAGACUGUCAACUGUAACGACGAAGUUGGCCAACACGACGGUUGCGUUGUAAUUUCCGCAACUGUCCUUACGAUAAGUGCGCUCAGAUUAACAACUUACCGGUUAUAAAAGUCGUAUACGAUGAAAAUCGAGUUGUCAGAGCACUCAGACUAGCAACCGGACAGUCAUAGAAGUCGUGAGAACAGAAAGUUGGCCGACUUGUUCGUGGCAGUUGGUAGUCUGACCCUAGCAAUACCCUGUUUGUUCACCACAAAAAAUACCCACAUCCUUUUAGACUACGUCAGAACAAGAUGUGCAAAUGAUUAUCUCCCCUGUCGGAGCUCACCUGUAGUGUCAAGCUCACUAUCAUGACUAUAUCAUUUUACAAACAAUUUACGUUACAUCGUCUGCUUGCAUUUUGUACUCGUUGUACUCGUCAAUUUUGAGGUUUGCGUGUUUCCAUGGUAACUGUUUGUGGACGCCCAUUAUUGUAGUCCUGGACUGCCUUUCUUGAACUUUGUUUGAAGACUAAUAUUGCUUGUUCCCCGGCUGUCGCCAGUGCAUGUAAUUUUCUUGUAGUCAAGUACAAACGACAAACUGCAAUAAUUGUCCGUUUUUUUAGUAUAUAACACUGUCGUGUGACUAAGAUUAUCUUAGAUUUGUUAAAGUUAUCAUGCGGUUUAAUCUGGUAAAACCAGAGAUAACUAAUUGAUAAUUAGUGGUGUAGUGCCAGUCUAAGCCAGGUGGGCAGGUAACAGAAACAUGUUACGCUGUGCUAAUGACAAUGUCGCCUAGUUUGAAACACCGGCCAAAAACCAGUCGAAUUUGUGCAGUGUGCAGAUCUGCACCAGAUAAAGCACACAACAGACUUUGUUCAAAUAUUACAAUGUACUGGAUGUUCAGACAUCGGCGAGAUUUUAUCUUUGUUAUUAAAAUAUUGCUCUAUUUAA